UAGGAAGAAAAGAAAAGAAAUGAAAUAAAAUUGAAUUUCUACCCAUCCCUUUGUUUGGCUAACAAACGGGAGAAAAAUGAGAAAAAAAAAAAGGAAAGGGGAUAAUUAUGGUUGAAAUAGAUCACUUGCACAUCAACCACCCAAUAGGAUAAUUAUGGUGACGGUGGCGGUGACGGCAGGGCCUCCAUCUUCUCUUCCUCAACGACAAAACAUCAAUAACUUGGUAUUAACUGUACAUAUCCAUCAGCCAAAAAUCAACAAAGGUGGAAUGGAGAAUUGCUAGAGCGAAAGUGCAACGUUGAUGCUAAUUGACGCAUGGGGAGAGAGGUAUUUGGAGCUAAGGAGAGGGAAUCUGAAGCAGAAGCACUGGAAGGAAGUUGCGGAUAUUGUGAGUAGCAGAGAGGAAUAUAAAAAGGCUGCAAAGACUAAUAUUCAGUGUAAGAACCGAAUCGAUACAGUGAAGAAGAAGUAUAAAUUGGAGAAAGCGAAGAUUGCUGCAGGUGGUGGACCUAGCAAGUGGCCGUUUUUCGAACGGUUGGACAAGUUAAUUGGUCCAACCACCAAGAUCCUUGUUACUGCUGCUGUUGCCGCCGCUCCUUUAACUAGCAAAGUUGCAAUGGGAAUCCCAGUUGGGAUCCACAAUGGUGGAGCUAGUGGGUCGAACCAAUAUUAGUUUCAUGAAGGGAAGGCUCAAAUGUAGAGCAAUCAGAUAACGAAGAAUUUUACAGACUCGGAGGAUAGUUUGCCACCGGAGAAGAAAUUGAGGGGGGUGGUGCAGAGAGGAGUGAAUACAAAGGAAGUGAAGGAAAGAAAGGGGUGGAGAAAUUUAAUUAGAAUGCUGGCACAAGUAAUAUUAAAAUUUGAGGAAGUUUAUGAGCAGGCAAAGAAUAUGAAAUUGCAGCAGGUGGUGUUGAUGGAGAAAAUAAGGAUGAAAUUUGCCAGAGAGCUGGAAUUGCAAAUGAUGCAAUUUUUCAUAAAGACCCAAAUAGAAACCUCGCAAUUGAAGUGCACUAGAGGAGGAAAUGAUAGUAAUAAAAAUCAUCACAUCAGUGGUAACCCAUUUCACUGACGUGCUAAAAGAGUUUAAUUUUUUUAGUCUAAGUGCCACAUACCAUGUGUUAGGAAUGAUCAAAUCCUUGGGGAAAAUACUAUCAUAGUCUAUGAAGAGCAGCUGAAAGCGGGUUUUCGAUUCUCCAUGAAUCCAUUUUUAACGAGGUCAUCCGAUUUUAUAAGCUGUCAGUUGUUCAACUGCAAUCCAAUAGCUAGAGAAUUUUGGUGGCCUUCCAGUUUGUUUGCUUUAAUAACAACAUUGAACCGAGCGUGGUCCUCUUCUCUCAAAUGUACCAGCUGAGCACUCAAAAAAAAUAAAGAGUUUUGAUUUUUCAGUGAGAGAAAACGCAAAACAUUGUUUGACCGGAUAUCCUCAUCCCUAAAGUGAUGAAAAAGUAAGUUUUUUAUUUUCCGUCACAGAGAUGUCUAGGGAUUUUGGUCUCAUCUGUACUAGAUGAAAUGCGUAUGUGGAAAUGAGAAAU